AUGGCAGAGAUGGAAAAAGAGGGCAGACCUCCGGAAAAUAAGCGCAGCAGAAAACCAGCUCACCCGGUGAAGAGGGAAAUAAACGAGGAGAUGAAGAGUUUUGCGGAGAACACCAUGAAUGAGCUGCUGGGCUGGUACGGCUAUGACAAAGUGGAACUGAGAGAUUCAGACCAGCUGGACAUCGAGACACCGCAACACAUCUCUGUACUCAAAGAAAACUCAUUGCCAAAACUCGGCUCUUCCUCGGAGGGGGGUGGUGAAUGCUCUCCGGAUGGGGCCAACAGUUCACACUCUCAGCCCGCCAACAGAAAUGGAGUCACCGAGGCCUCCAGUGCAGCGCCCUCCUCAGGCUCAAAGGAGCACCUGCCCAUCAUCGUGCCCAUGGUCCCUCCCCCACUCAUCAAGCCCCCCACAGACGAAGAUGCCUCUAAUGUCCAAAUCAUGUGCGCCUGGUGCCAGAAGGUCGGAGUCAAGCGCUACUCCCUCAGCAUGGGCAGCGAGCUGAAGAACUUCUGUAGCGAGAAGUGCUUCGCCGCCUGCCGCCGCGCUUAUUUCAAAAGGAACAAGCUGGGAUAUAUAAGGAAUUACAUUGCCUCGCGAGAGGAGGACGGCCUCGGUGGGAAAGUCCCCCAGCAUCACAGCUUUGCUCAGGACACGCCCAGGCUAGUCUUCAAGACAAACAGCGAUGUGCUUGUGUGUGACUGGUGCAAACACAUUCGACACACAAAGGAGUAUCUGGACUUUGGAGCCGGGGAGCGGAGGCUGCAGUUUUGCAGUGCCAAAUGUCUCAACCAAUACAAGAUGGACAUUUUCUACAAGGAGACCCAGGCAGCGCUGCCCGGGGGACUGUGUAACCCAGGACACCCUUCAGCGGGGGACAGUAAAGCCGACUGUGGGGGAGGGAUGCAGCUCCUCACCCCAGAGUCCUGGGGCUCACCUCUGGCUGACCUGAGGAGGAAGGCUCCAUCACCCGGGGGCCCGUCCAGCUCCUCUGUCCUGGGCACUACCACCUCCUCUGUCACCUCUCCUUCAGACAACAGUGCAGUCUGUUCUCCAUCCUCCUCCUCUGCAAAGAUCCCCACACCCAGACCACACGAGAGCCCCACCCUUGCUCCACCACCUGUCCCUUCUCUGCAUCCACCUGUGGGGAUGCCUUCUGGCAGCCCCCCUAUGGUCAUGACCCCCCGGGGCCCCAUGCCAUUGCCUCUUUUUAUGGAGCAUCAGAUGAUGCAGCAGAUGCGGCCCCCAUUCUUGCGCCCCUCUCAUCCUGGUGGACCCAACAGCCCUCUGUCCAUCCCUGGUAUUGGACCCCCUCCUCCCCCCAGGACCCUAGGCCCACCGUCUAGUCCCAUGCACCGACCACUAUUGUCCCCUCAUGUACACCCCGGUUCAAACCCCAACCCUGGUAUGAUGCCCCCUCAUCCGGGCAUUCCGAUGAGUGGUCUACCCCCAUUUCCUCCUGUCAACAUGAUGCACAAUGGUCCAAUACCCCUGCCCCCCAUGAUGAACUUUGGUAUGCCAUCUUUGGCCCCUCUGGUGCCCCCACCCACCCUUCUAGUUCCAUACCCGGUCAUAGUUCCUCUUCCUGUUCCCAUCCCUAUCCCUAUACCCAUCCCUAUGAACCCCAAGAGCCCAAGGGACCAACCUGAAAGCAGUGGACAUGUCCAACCCAGCCCAAGGUCCAGCGAGACGUCCUCUUCAGGUGGCCCCACUGUGGGGGCCAAUGGAGGGGACAGAGAAGACCUGUCUGGGGUGGAGCACAUGUCUCCUGGAUGUACCUCUUCAGAGAGGACCAGGACAUCUAAAGGUGACUUAUUUGUGAAGACUGAGGACAGUUCAGGGACCUCGUGUAUGACUGGCAGCUCCAAAUUAAUGGAGGGAGUGAUUGAUCUAACUGUGGGCCAGAAGCAACAUGUUACUAACAGUGGUGCAGUGGGAGAGGUUCAGGUCAAAGUGGAAGCAGAGUCAAGGUCUCCACGUGCAGAGGGACAGUGUAAAGAGGCAAAAGACUGGGCACAAGGGGGCGCCUCAGAGCGGGAACGUAAAGCUAAAAGAAAUGAGGGAGGCUUUGAAACGCACACACUGGAAUCCUCCACUCCUCCCUCCACAAACAACAGCCCCCACCACAACUCUAAUCCACCAGUGAGCCAGCAGAACUCUUAUAUUUCUAACCUUAGUCCACAAGCAACCCGGAGUCAGCUCCACACUCCAGCGCAGGCUCAAAGCGGUCCUGCUGCACUCUGUAAUGUGAUAGUCAAUGGGACAGGGUGGCAUCCCGUUCUGCCACCUGCCACCUCAGAGGGUCAUUCAGCACCAGCCAACGGAGAGCUGGAACGGGAUGCACUAAAGGAGAACAACUGCUCCGUGGCAGGGUGGGACCCGGGCAAGAGGACAGGACCAGCUGAGGACUCAAACUUAAAAGAGAGUAAAGUGGACCCAGACUCUAAUUUGGAGGAGGGGGAGCACGCGUACGCACUGCCUCUGCUGUCCACUGGGGGCUGCGUAGUCAUCCAGCCUGUGCCAAAGAGUGGCACGGACAAAACGGCCUUCCUCUCCUGCUCCAUCAGUGCUCCUCUAUCUGGCUCCUGCAGCCCGGAGCUUGAGCCCCCACUCAAGAGAAGGUGCCUGCGAAUCCGCAAUCAAAACAAAUGAGAUGGUUGCUCUGACGACUGCAGUGCCAUCAACGACACUUGAUCAUUCUUUGAUCUUCAGCUUUGACCCUUCGGCUGUUCACCAACACAAAUACAGUCUUCAUUUCAUCUUACCCAUCAGUCUUAUGGUACCAGCACUUCAAAUCAACUUUCUACACUCCAACCCAGUAUGGAUAUUAAAAUAAUCGGCCUCCUAUAAUGAUUAUCUGCAAAAGGACUCUGCUCACUCACCUCUUUUUACAUUUACUCUCUCAGCCCACACUGCCGCUUGCAGCAAUGUUAAAGUAUAUUUCAUGUCAAUGUUAGUAUUGCUUCCCUUUUAGACGAUCCCUCAUUCGUUACCAGCAAACAUGAUGUCAAAUUGCCAGAUCCAUAAAAAAAACUGAAUGUGCAAUAUAUUUUAUUAGUUACUUCAUUAGAGUAUGGCAAGAAUGAUAAAAUGUUCACCAGCAAAUAAUGGUUGAUAACAAUUCCAACAUUUUUUUUUUUCUAUGGCACUUACCACUUGUGAACAUAAGUAACAGACAUAAGUGACUAGAGUGGAGCUGUCGUCAUAAUCAUUCCUGACAUCCACACAAAAUGCUCUCUGCAGUGUGUGCUUAAGCAGUAAGCUUCACACUGGCUAUAAUAAGGGGCCCUGCUGCUUAAGAACAUUUCAAGGCUGAGUGCGUCUGAAAGAAGUCCGUGGCACUGUAAAACU